ACAAUAAAAUUAAAGAACAAAAGAAGCCUUCAUUUUUUAUCAAUCCACAACAAACCAAAUUAAAACUCCCAUCAAAUCCCAAUAUUCUUGAAAAAAAUCAUUUUUUUUUGUUUUUCAUUUGCUAAUUUGUGAGUUUCUCUGAUCUGGAUCGGUGGCAGAAAUGGAAAACAAGGAGAAAUCAUCACCUGAACCGUUGGUCUUGAACCGCUCGUUUACUAUACACCCGACGGCAGCUGAAUCGAAAAGCCCCAAACUUCAUCUUCUUCUCAAUAACCCAUCGUCUCUUAAUCGAGCAGCUUCCGUUUCCAAGUUCUACAAUUCAUUCGGCUCCAUCAAAGGUAAAGUUAAGCAGCUUUGCAAUUUAUUCGAAUCCGCCAAGUCUUCAUCGAACUCAGAAAGUCCUAAGGAAAUUUCUCCCAAGGUUGCUUUAAGACCCUCGAAAUCAAUUUCUCUUUCUUUGAGCUUUAACAACUCUUUGAUAAGGUUUCCGGGAACCGAAGAUCGAAUUGUUGUCUAUUUAACUAGCUUACGAGGGAUUCGAAGGACUUACGAGGAUUGUUACGCUGUUAAGAUGAUCUUUAGAGGGUUUGGAGUUUGGUUUGAUGAGAGAGAUAUUUCCAUGGAUGCUGCUUACAAGAAAGAGUUGCAAAGUGUUUUGAAACUGAAGACAGUGAGUUUGCCUCAGGUUUUUAUCAAGGAAAAGUAUAUCGGUGGUGCUGAUGUGAUUAAAAGCAUGUUUGAAGUUGGGGAAUUGGCUAAGAUUCUUGAUGGGUUUCCAAGGAGACAACCUGGGUUUGUUUGUCAAGGUUGUGGGGAUGCCAGGUUUGUGCCUUGUUGGAACUGUAGUGGGAGUCGAAAAGUGUUCGACGAAGACGAAGAGUUGGUUAAAAGAUGCUUGGAGUGCAAUGAAAAUGGCUUGAUUCGUUGCCCGGAUUGUUGCUCUUAAAGCUUCUAUUGCUACAUGGUGCUAAGGUAUAAUUUAGAAGUUCGUUUUCAUCUUCCUUAGCAUAUGUGGAUCAGUAGAUGUCUUUAAUGGUGAAGUUCGUUGGUUUGAUAGCAGAUUUAGAAGCUCGUUUAUGUAGAUGUUGCAAGCAAUAGUCUUAUGUGUUUGGUAUGAAAUGUUUCAUUAGCAGAGAGCUGAUGAUCGUCUGUUGUCUUGUUCAACUGGAUGUUGACAAUGAUAGUGUGAUGUAAAAUCAAAAUGCCAUAUAUGGUUUUGGC